CCUCGCCCAGAGGUGGGAGCAGCCCUCAGGUACAGAGGUUGGUAUCCAGACUGGGGUUACGCUGUGCUCUGCUCGUGCACAGCCCGGUGAGGAAUGACUGAGGUGCUCUGGGCUUUCUGCCUGAAAAAAACCAGCAUCCUUGUUGGAUCAGCUGUGGAGUGGUCAGCAGGAGCAAGGAAGGGAUUGUCCCCCUGGACUCAGCACUGAAUGGAACCUACAUGGAUUACUCAGACCUAUCUUCAUCAUUCUGGGAUUUGAUCACUGGCUGGUUUCUUCUACAAAGCUGAAGGGAAAAAAGCUUCAGCGAUAUCUAGGGUUUAGAAGAACUCAGACCCAUAAAAUUCAGGAGGACCCUUAUGGAAGAGGAGAAGAAUAGAAUCAGUACUUGCACAGACAAUCCAUCCAAGAACAGAUCUGCUGGGACAGGGACUUGUGACAGCUGGCUCCUAAGAUGGUCAAAGUGCAAAGAUUUCAAAGCAACAACUAAAAGGAGUGUCAUGUAACAACUUAAACGUUUUGUGUGAAGACAGAAAAUGGCUUCGAGAGGAACGACUGAGACUGGUAAACUAAAGCAAAACCUGGAGGAGCAGCUGGACAGGUUAAUGCAGCAGCUUCAGGAUCUGGAGGAAUGCAGAGAGGAACUGGAUGCAGAUGAGUAUGAAGAGACCAAAAAAGAAACUCUAGAACAGCUGAGUGAGAUCAAUGACUCCCUGAAGAAGAUUAUGUCUGGAGAUAUGACUUUGGUGGAUGAGCUCAGCGGGAUGCAACUGGCAAUACAAGCAGCCAUCAGCCAAGCAUUUAAAACUCCAGAAGUAAUUAGAAUGUUUGCAAAGAAACAGCCGAGGCAAUUGAGGACGAGGCUGGCAGAGAUGGACCGAGACUUAAUGGUCGGGAAGUUGGGACGAGACCUCUACACACAGCAGAAGUUGGAAAUCCUCACUGCCCUCAGAAAACUUGGUGAGAAGCUCACUCCAGAUGAUGAGCUCUUCUUGUCAGCAAAUGCUGGCACAGCCCUGAGCCAGUUUGAGAAAGUUUCUACUGACCUGGGGUCAGGAGACAAAGUCUUUGCUUUAGCAAGUUUCGAAGUAGAAAAGGCAAAACAAUGAAGAGGUGCGUGAGGCUUGUGUCUCUCCGGUUAUCGGCAGCAUUGGACUUCUGUCAUAUGGCAUUUGUUUUUUUGUCUUUUUAACAUGUUGCAAAAAAGCAAAGCAAAACAGAAAAUCCAAACCUUAAACUUCUUGGGUUCUUAACCAGAAGAUACGAAGCAAAACAGCCUUAAGUGCACUUUGGGACCUUGGUAUCUGAACCCCUCAGGAAUACAAACUCUGAGGCUCGGCACUAACUGGUACUCUAAAAACUAAGGCACGGUAUGACUGUCUUUGGAAAGCAUCGGUGACUUUGAAUUUUUCUGAUUGUGUAUUUCUCUUAACUAUUAAAACAUAAGCUUUUUGCAUGUGGUUGUAGCAGGCAGAUCUUUUUCAGGAGUAGGCCCAAAGAGUGAGUGGGUUUGGGGGUGAUUGUUCACCUUGCUCUCAAAUUGUCUUAAUAUUUGCCUGGAUUCCCUCCCAGGUUUGUAGUGGGCAUGCAUCGAAGCUUUAUUUGAAAUGCCAUCUUUCUACAAAUUGUUUGCAGAAGAACCAAAAUGAGACUGUGUUCGCUGCGCACAUGAAUGAGUGCCAUUGUGUCCUAACCUUGACUGACAAACAAUGGAAGCCCUGUAGGGAGCCUUCUGGAGUAAUUUAACUUCAUGUAUUGAAAUGACAGGCGAUUGCUAGGAAAUAGCAAUAAGAAGCCCUUUCCAUGACCUCUUACUUUAGCUCUGGAUGUCUAACUACAUGCUACUGUUAUUUCCCAGGAUUUCUGGCAUAGCAUAGAAUAGUUUGCAAGUAGAAAUAAGUUUAAAAAUGAGGGCAAAAAGCUCUCAUUCCAUGAUUGGUGCAUCUGUGGCUCAAUUUGUUUAUCAGAGGGUGGUGCUGGUCUGUGUCUCCACAGAGAAGUUACAAUCCUGAAUAUUCUCAGGGUGUAGGAAGAUUUCAAAUCUCCUGGUGUUGAAUUUUUAGCUCUGAGUGUGGAAGAACUAGAACUCUAGAUGCAAGUUUAAAUUCCUGAUAAAAUGUUUUGUGUCGUAUCAAUAUUAGGGAUCUUGUUCUUAAAGUACUGGUUGCUCCACACAAUAAUUCAGUCCUUGUUAGCAUUUUGUCUGAGUGGAUUGGAAGCCUAUAUUUCACUAAGAAUUUUUUCAGCUUGAGAAAUGUGUGUUUCGGAUGUGCUCUACCCUCAGUAUAUAUUCAGGCACUGAUCUAAUGAUAUUGGCAACCACAGAAAAACCCAACAUUUCUUAACUGAAUUUCACACCUGUUCCUUUUCUUGUUUUACCACGAGCUAGAAAACAAGUUUCUAAAUGCAAAAAAGCAAUGUAACUUCAGGCAAAAAAAAAAAAGUAAUUUUCCUCUAUUUCUUGGGAAAAAGAGUUCAAAUACUAGACAGUUUUGGGUCCUUUGAACAAUAUGUUUUACAAGGGUGUUAACUGUAUUGCUUCUUGUAAAAUGUGGUAGCUGCCAUCACAGUAAGCCUGUUGCUCUAAAGGAAAGGAUGGUGAUAAUGCUGGAAGGAUGUGAAGAGUUUCUAGGAAAAAAAGUGAUCUUCUUUCCGUCAUUUUAGUGCUUUGAAUUAUAAAAGUGAAGAAAUAUACGUAGCGACCUUCCAGUACUUGAAGGGGCUCCAAGAAAGCUGGGGAGGGACUGUUUACAAAGGCUUGUGGUGAUAGGACUUGGGGCAAUGGGUAUGAACUGGAGAGGGGCACAUUUAGACUGGAUAGAAGGAGGAAUUUCUUCACUAUGAGAGUGGUGAGGCCCUGGAAGAGGUUGCCCAUGAGGAGUUGUGGCUGCCCCAUCCCUGGAGAUGUUCAAGGCCAGGUUGGAUGGGCCUUGGGGAGCCUGAGCCAGUGAGAAGUAUCCCUGCUCAUGACUGGAUGAGCUUUAAGGUCCCUUCUGACCCAAACUAUUCUCUGAUUCUGUGUACUAAAAGGAUGAUACUGAAUUAUUUUAGAAUUAGUAGUGGCUUUAAACCCACUUUUAACCCCAAAGGUUGGGUAGAUUCAGUUGCAGUUCGUGGGGGCCGGGCUGGUUUUGGCAACAGUGGAGCUGGAACUGUUUGUCAGCAGUGCAGGUGACCCACUGCUUUGAGGAAUCCUGUGUUUAAUGGAGUAGAACGUGUGUGUUUUAGCUGUUGUAGAAGUAUCUUAGGCUUUUCUAGCUAAACUUGAGCUUCUGUGAGAACUGCUUUUAAUUUGAGUGAGUGGAGUGGAAAUAGUCUUACAUUUAGGUAGCCUAUUGCGACGUUAAUCUCAGUGUCGUGUAGUAGUCGCUUAGAGACUAAGUGGUUAGCAUGGAAUAUAAAUAGAAAAUCAAUAUGAUCAGUCAUGAUUUAGAUUGCACUUAUAGGGCUUAAAUACCCUAUAAAUAAGCAAGUUCAUCUAAUUGUAAACUAAGGCUGGAGUAGAGUAAACCAGAAAACGUGUGGUUUAGACCAUGUUUUGCUUUAAUAGUCAUCUUUUUGAAACCUAGUGUUUUAGAAACAAAAGCAUACAAACAACAUAAUUUGUCUUACACAGAUGGAACUUUUUUUCUCCUUUCUCUUUUUUUAAGAAGCUUUUAUUUAGAUGGAGUCUUUUGUCCAUUAUAUCAGAACUGUUUCCUGUCUGGGGCACUAUUAUGUUCUCUGACAAAGGCUGAUUGCAGCUUUAUAGCUGAGAGCAGCUUAAUAAAAGGCACUAUUAAACAGUCUAAAAUUAUUGGAAACAAAACAGUCCCUCGGGGCUGUCAUUGCCUUCUUUUUCUUUCUGCUCAUUACUGGUGCUAAGUAACUCUUCUCCCCCUUCUCACAUCCCCAACCUCUCUGCAGCAUUUGUGAGUGAAUGAAAUCUCUCGGCAACUCUUUUUCCUUGUAGUUUGAGAGAUGUAUGUUUCCAGAAGAAACAUUUUUUAUUGAUUUGUAAAUAUUUCGGGGGUUUUAAAAAGUUUUUUGUACUCUGGUCGGUUAAACAUCCUCUUAAAUUGAUCCUGGACUAAAUACCUUUUUAAUAUUAUGUUCCUUCUGCUGUUGGAAAGAUCCCAUGUCAUUUAGAUGGACAAGGAUGUGAUUGAGAUCAAGGAUGAUGAUUAUGAUUGUUAUUAUUCACUAUGAGGGUGGCGAGGCACUGGCACAGGUUGCCCAGGGAAGUUGUGGCUGACACAUUCCUGGAUGUGUUCAAGGCCAGGUUGGAGGGGGCUUGGAGCAACCUGAUCUAGUAGGACCCUUUGCUCAAAUAAAGACUGAUAACAAAAAAACAACUCUUCAAUGAAAGCAUGAUUUUGUCAUUUAACAUUCAAGCUUGUGAUGUUUGCGUUCCACCCUCGGUUCAGUGUGAGACCCAGGCAGAUCACUUUUUCUCUCCCCAUCUUUCUCUCCUGGAGUGAAAUACGAGUUAUAAUACUUGAAUAUCAAGUGCUGUGAAGUUGUUAUUGAUCAUAGAUGGCUUUGAAGAUUAAAAGUGCUUUGUUUUUUGUUUAUCAUUUUACUUCUGAAAUAAGAAUUGUAAAGAACAGUAGCUUUAAGCCCAUCAGCAAAGUUGCCCAAAGUUCUUUUUGGCCAGAUAUAACCUCCCUUUUUUAAUGUUCUUUCU